AUGAGAAGAGCUUGGUAUUUCGAUCGAUUAUGAUUUAGGUCUUAAGUAGAAUGGCCUCAGAUCCAAAAGUUGUUCUUGCAGAUAUAAAUAACAAUCAUAUGGGAAAAACUUUCUUAAAUUCUUUAUAAAUUAGUGCUCACCAGUCCAUGAAAU